ACAGGGGUUCAGCCUACGUCACUUCAGACCCUGAGUUACUGUACCAAGGCCCGUUCGCAGUCUCACGGCACGCAUUGCCGGAUGCUGAUUCUAAUUCCGGUAUAUGACUCUGGGUAUUUCAUCAUGGCUGUUUCAAAGACGGAAAGCUUCUUGGCUGAUUGUCGCGAUGCUUUCCUGGUGAGGGGUAAGUGAACCUUGGUCGAUGUGAGAGCCAAGCUAGUGACACCGCCGUGCAAUGGGAGCUGAAAAGAUAACAGGAGGGCUAAUGAGGAUCGAGCAAAGCGUCGGGGGUCAAAGGGUCCAGAGCCUCUCUCAGUUAGCUUGCAGAUUGAGGGAGCCAAGGGGGGAAGAAAGCUCAGGAUCUUUGUCCCAAGGUACCUUAAUGAUGAAAUUACUUAGGUACCUAGUCUACAGCGAAACAGAGGGAGCCCGCGCCCUGGCCUGGUUAGUCAGCAUCGCCGCUCCCGUCUUGCUCCCACUGAAGCGAAGUCGGAGGGAGCGUUAAAGCUUCUGUGUGUCAUUGCACGCAAAUGGGUUCCUCUGAUUGGUUCAAUUGGCGAUUCCGGGGUCCCCACCCUAACUUGAUGCCCCGCGCACCGAAUUAGGACCAUGACUUUGGUAAACAUUUCUAGUGGUCGCCAAUCUCGGACCUCACCUCUUCACCCUGAGCAUUCUACGACGAUUAUUCUGUUCGCGACAUUGCUUUUCUGCCCGACUACGAUACCGAAAGGAAAUACAAACCAACCUCUCUCCAAAGACCCAGCCUGCCACGAUGUGCGGCACUGACAACGAUUCAGCCGAGGCUCCCGCCCCGCACCCGGCCUCGAGGGCCAACUUACCGUCGUCCUCGCCUUACAGCCAGGUCCAGGACUACCUGAGCAACACACAGCGAUACCAGAUCAUCGAGUCAACUCUGCGCGAGGGAGAGCAAUUCGCCAAUGCCUUCUUCACUCGUGAGCACAAGGUCAAGAUCGCAACCAUGCUCUCGUAAGACAACCCCCCGCGCCCGCCAAGCUGUUCUGUUCACGACGCCGGACCUUCUCGUGAAAAUAUUUUAACGGACGGCAGUGAGUUUGGAUGCCAGUAUAUUGAGCUUACGAGCCCUGUGAGCUCCCAAGCCUCAUACGACGACUGCAAGUACAUUUGCUCGCUUGGACUCAAGGCCAAGAUCUUGACACACGUUCGAUGCAACAUGGAAGAUGCCAAGCGCGCAGUGGAAUGCGGAGUUGACGGUGUAGAUCUCGUCAUCGGCACUUCAUCCUUCCUUCGCGAGUACAGCCAUGGAAAGUCCAUGGCUAUGAUCAAGCAGACGGCCCUCGAAGUCAUUGAAUACGUCAAGUCCAAGGGAGUUGAGGUGCGAUUUAGUUCCGAGGACAGUUUCCGAUCCGACCUCGUCGAUAUCCUCGCCCUUUACCAGGCCGUGGACAAGGCAGGCGUGAACCGCGUUGGUAUCGCCGACACUGUCGGAGGAGCUACUCCCCGAAUGGUCUACGACCUCGUCCGCACGCUCCGAGGUGUGGUGGGCUGCGACAUUGAAUGCCACUUCCAUGACGAUACUGGCUGCUCAGUCGCGAACGCUGUCACUGCCCUCGAAGGAGGAGCCACACACGUGGACACGUCUGUGCUAGGAAUUGGAGAGCGAAACGGCAUCACCCCUCUUGGUGCUUUGAUGGCUCGCAUGGUCGUAAGCGCGCCAGAGUAUACCAAGGCGACAUUUGAUCUUCCACGCUUGAAGGAUAUCGAGGAGUAUGUUGCGAGUGUUGUCGAGAUCAACAUUCCAUUCAACAACCCCGUCACUGGCUUCUGUGCCUUUACGCACAAGGCUGGUAUCCACGCCAAGGCUAUUCUGGCGAAUCCCUCUACUUACGAGAUCAUCGACCCUGCGCUGUUCGGAUUGACUCGCUACGUUAACAUUACCUCGAGAAUCACCGGAUGGAACGCGGUCAAGGGCAGAAUUACCCAACUCGGCCUGGACGGACCCGGUGGCUUCGAGACCGACGACCAAAUCAAGGAAGUCACUGCCAAGAUCAAGCAACUGGCCGACAUCCGACCACUUGCUAUCGACGAUGCGGAUUCUAUUAUCCACGCAUACCAUCUUCAGCUCACGGGCAAUGGUAAGCAGCAGGAGACCGCUGCUUGAGUUGGAUGAAGAAAGCAAACGGGAAUUUGGAAACACAAGAUGUAGAAGAAAACAUGUAGGAACUGGUAGGGGUGGCGUUACCAACAAAAGCAAAAGCAAUAGUCGUUAUUUUCACCGUACUAUCCUAUCGUACUCUGACAUUGAGACCGUGACACAAG